AUGUUCCCAUCGAAACUUGAGCAAAACAAGCUCAAGGCCAACAUUGCAGCUUCUUACAACAAGCUCUAUAGUGAGUUUUCAACAAGUGAGCUGCGGGAAGUGGGGAAUUACAAGCUUCUCAAUGUUGUGGGCGAAGGGAGCUUUGGCAAAGUGUAUCUCGCGAGUCAUCGGCUGACGCACCAAAAGGUAGUUCUGAAAAUGGGCUCAAAGAAUGACCCCAAUGUCGUGAGGGAAGUGUUCUACCAUCGCCAGUUUGACUACAUAUACAUAACCAAACUUUACGAGGUUAUUGUGACCGAAAACCACGUUUGGAUGGCACUGGAGUAUUGUCCGGGAAAAGAGCUCUAUGACUACCUUUUGAACAAAAAACAAAUCCCACUUGCUGAAUGUGCUCAGCUCUUUUCUCAGAUUGUGGGCGGAGUCUACUAUGCUCAUUCCAUGAAAUGUGUCCAUAGAGACUUGAAAUUGGAAAACAUCUUACUGGACAAUAAGGGUCAGGCCAAGCUUACAGACUUUGGUUUCACCCGCGAAUGCGCCACCAAGGGUAUCUUGGAGACUGUUUGUGGAACCACGGUGUACAUGGCUCCCGAGCUAAUAGAACGAAAACCUUAUGAAGGCUAUAAAACAGACAUAUGGUCCUUAGGAAUCAUUCUGUUCACCUUGAUUCACGGGUGUAUGCCUUUUGAAGAAGAAGACGAAUCGAAGACGAAAUUCAAAAUUGUCAAUGAAAACCCGGUCUACAAUCGCAAUCUUGUCGAUAGUGCUGGUGAAGAUCUUAUAUCGACUCUCUUGAACAAAGAUCCGCAACAAAGACCUUCUUUGGCCCAAGUUUUGCAACAUCCAUUCCUCCAACCUUAUGGGAUCCAGAUAUUUGAAAAGACCGAAAAGAUUCUCAAACGUCAAAGUCAUGGCACCAAACAAUUCCACUCCAAAUUGGAACGCAAGCUUUUAAAAAGACUGAAGCAAUGUGGUUUUGAUACUCAGGCCAUCAAGCAUUCCGUCAACAGGAAAAGAUGUGAUAGCUUAUCUGGAUUGUGGUUUCUUCUAGUGGAGAAGGAAAAAAGGUGCGAGAGCUUGCGCCAUCCAAAGAGAAGUCGGUCAGUAUUAUCAGUUAAAAAGGUUUUCGAUAAUGCGGCUCCAAGCCGAAAGUCCACUGAAGAAUUGAAGAAAAGCGAUACGUUCGGCAAGGCCACAUCUCUAAAGCGAAUCAUGAGCAGGAAGAGCGACACAGCAUCUAUACGACCUCCCUCUCAGACAGCGCAAAACAAAGGAGCCAAAAACCCAGAACCCCUAGACGGAGUUGUUUCUCAAACUAGCAGUGGAAAGUCUGCCAAGAGACCCAACCUCUUUCACAAAAUGACCAGCUUUUUCAAAAAUAAAAGACAGCCUCCAAUCGCUGCCGAUAAACAAUCCAUAAGCCCGAACAGCGGGCUUACAGAUAAGAGGAAACGUAACGCUAUUUCGUUCGAAUCCCGGAAGAAUAGCCCACAGAGAUCACCUACGCGAUCUGGAAACAAUGCCCCUAAUGAAAAUAACGAUACCAUUUCACCUGCUACACCAAAUGGGCACAGCAAAUUCGAUAUCCUGAGAAUAGAAGAGCCUCGUCUCAAAAAGUUCAAGUCCAAUACAUCCAGUGAGAUGUCGCGUCAAAAUUCGUUGGGAAACUUUGACAGUGAACUCGAUCACAAGGCGAUCGCACUCAAUGGCCAGUCCAAUUACGAUGAGAGCACAAAUGACAUCUCAAAGACUGGACCCGUAUCGAUAUUAUCACAGCAGUCCGAAAUGUCAAAUGACACGUACAAUUCAGAGUACUCAACUGAUGGCAACGCCUCGAAUUCGAAGCCCGCUAGUUCUUUGAGCUCGCACACAACCAGAAACGGAAAUGGUGUAAUUUUGUCUCCGAAUGUAGACAGCGUUGAUUCCAGUUCUCUACAGUCGCGCACCAACCUUCGUGGAUCUAUGAGCAUUAUGUCAAGUGCCUCGAGCGCGUCAGAAAAAAGUUCUCGUACAGACUCAUUCUACGAAAUUUCAACAGCUUCAUCGCCCAAAACAAUGGACUUGCGAGCUAUGCAUACGUACGCUAACGCUGACAGCACUGUACCGAGGAGUAUCGUAGGUUCUCAGUGGCUUGCUAAGAGAGGAAGAUCGCCUGUCGGUAGAAGAGGGAGACUUCCAAAACGAAACAUCAGCAGAAAGCUACUCAAUAAAAACACAUCAGCCGCACAGUCUGUCAUCCAAGAGGAAGGUUCAUUUGAUGAUGAAGAUGACAAUGCCGAACUUCCCCCUGUGCACGUUGAUGUUUCUGCUUUAGGAGGGGGGCCUAAUGAGCCAAAAUGCGUACUUCCACAAGAACCAUCUUCGCUUCCAGUCACAACAGCUUCGAUUCCAGAAACCCCGCCAAUAGACCGCCGACCGGUGCUGUUUGACAUGACUCGAUCCUUAAGUGGUAGCAGUGGUGUUUGGUCCCAUAAUUUUUUGGAAGAUCGCAACUCGGAAACGGCACUCAAGCCUAACGAUAUUCACGACGAACACUCGAUACUAGGUAUUGCUGAUGAUGAAGAUAAUUCUUUUGAAGAUUGA